UCAAGCUAUGCCCAGGAGGUGGCUGGGAACACCUCCAGCCCCGCACCCAGGGGCAGCAUCCACCAGCAAGGGUGCUCCAGACACCACGGCCCCUCCGACCGCCUGCAGCACCUCCCCUCCGACCACCUGCAGCACCUCCCUGCUCUCCCACACAUCGGGCCUGAGGUUGGGCUGACUCCAGCAUUCUUCACCAAAAGGGUGGUGAAGCACUGCAAUGAGUUCCCAGAGGAGGUGGUCAAGUCACCACCCCUGGACGUGUUUAAAAAACGGCUGGAUAUGGCACCCACGCGAGAGUCCGCCUUCGUCCACGCCAUCGCGUCGGCUGGGGUGGCCUUCGCCGUAACCCGCUCCUGCGCCGAGGGCACGUCCACCAUCUGCGGCUGCGACUCCCACCACAAGGGACCUCCAGGAGACGGUUGGAAGUGGGGGGGAUGCAGCGAGGACGCUGACUUCGGCGUGCUGGUGUCCCGGGAAUUCGCAGACGCCCGAGAGAACCGGCCGGACGCCCGCUCGGCCAUGAACAGGCACAACAACGAGGCCGGCAGGACGACCAUCCUGGACCACAUGCACCUGAAGUGCAAGUGCCACGGUCUCUCGGGAAGCUGCGAGGUCAAGACCUGCUGGUGGGCUCAGCCCGAUUUCCGGGCGAUCGGUGACUACCUGAAGGAUAAAUACGACAGCGCCUCCGAGAUGGUCGUUGAAAAGCACCGAGAAUCUCGGGGCUGGGUAGAAACUCUUAGGGCCAAGUACGCUCUUUUCAAGCCACCAACAGAGCGGGAUCUCGUCUACUACGAGAACUCGCCCAAUUUUUGCGAGCCCAACCCCGAGACGGGCUCCUUUGGGACGAGGGACAGAACGUGCAACGUCACUUCCCACGGGAUCGACGGCUGCGACCUGCUGUGCUGCGGCCGCGGCCACAACACCAGGACUGAGAAACGGAAGGAGAAGUGUCACUGCAUCUUCCACUGGUGCUGCUACGUGAGCUGCCAGGAGUGCGUACGCGUCUACGACGUCCACACCUGCAAGUAA